AUGCCCUUGCCGCCAUCCAUCAGUGAUGACCACGUUGGUGCUUGCACGAAGAAGCUCAACCCUCGAGGAACGGGCUGUAUCAAAAUUGUUUUGACUGGAGACGAUUCACUGCCGCUGGGAGGCACCUUCACUCCGGAUGGCAAAGCCCUCGUCGCCACCGUCAACUACACUGGCGCCCCGGCUGAACCUCACCCCGCGAGCAUCUAUACCGGUGUACAGACCAUUCUGAUCAAAACAGACAACACUUUGUUUCCGAACGGCGACCCUUGGAAGUGCAUUACGUGUGGCGUGCCGGCAGAGAACCAAGUCGGCACUGAUCGAGCGCUGCAAGACUAUCCCCGAGUCUUCAAGGAUGGGAAGAGGAUUCUCGUGGGCACCAACAUUAUCCAUACUGGCGGCUACCCAGUCACUAGCAACCUAGUCAAGCCCAAGAACACCUUCAUCUACCCCAUACGCUGGCCUGUAACCGCUGACGAUUCGGGCCCGUCCGGCUCUAUGCGCGAGCUACGCCUACAUCCCGACGACACUCACCUGUCUUGGAACAGUUUCGCUGGCAGUGACCAAAACGGUUUCUAUGGCCGGCUCGAAUUCAAUCCUGCCCCGACUACAGGAGUUCCGCUGGCCCCACGAUACGAUCUCUCAAGUGUCAACCUCAUCCGCGCGGCGAAUGGCAAGCGGCUUCUCAGUCUGGAAGACGGCAAAGCGAAACUCAACUUCUCGGCCAUCGAAGUUGGAGAGCUGCGCGGCUUCAGCGGCAGUGGUAACGAGCUGAUCUACAUCGGCUAUCCUUGGGAGGCAUGCAACUUCGAUGGCUUUGCCGUCAAUAUCCAAACAGGCGCUAUUCGCCGUCUGACUGCGCACCCAGAGUACGUAGAUCCUAUGGAUAUCUCAGCCGACGACAAGUGGACUGCUGCAUUGGACACGCGUAUUUCUGAUAGAGAUAUGUUCAUGGCGGGCAUGCGCAGCAUUCCGCCGCUGAGCGACAUGAUGACGAGUUCUGUCUGCUCUUCGGUCCGCAACAACGGGUUCCGGCGCUUCUUCCAACCGAUCCUGAUUGACAAGUACGGCGAUCGUGGCGAUUACUUCGGCCAGCAAAUCAACGCAGCAGGCGACGGCAGUAACGGAGCCAUCAAUGACCCUAACUGGAACGCCAGAGCCGACCCGCAUUUCUCUCUCGAUGGUACAAGACUUAUGUACUACCAAACUCUUGUCAAGACUCCCGCGUGUGGAGGUGCGAAUCCGCUCCCGUGCCCAGUAUCAAACGCACCCGAUGGCCGCACCACCCGCUUCAUGAUGGCCACAUUUACCAGCCGCACUCCGUACCCAGUGCCCAAGUUCGAGAUGGGCCCUGAUGUAAUCCCCUGGGCAACACCAUACACCCCAGGCAUGAAUAUACCUGCACGCGGCGGCUUUGCCCCCGGUAACUACACAUACACUGGCAAAUAUUGCGGCAAGGCGAGCAUUGCCCUUUUUGCUCCGGCUGGUUCCAAUAGUCCCAACCGGGUAAGAGUCGAAUUUAACAACUUGUCUGAUGAUGGAGAGACGAUACUCAACGGAUACGAGGAUAUCACAUUUUCGUCGCUAAGCACGUGGAUGGUUGUAAAUGACUGGUAUUCGGACAUUGUGCAGACGGGCAAGAUCAAUGGCACUAAGAAGACCGGCCCGGGUGGCUUCCACAUCGUGAUGGACGUUACAAAGAACGAUUUUAACGCUACUGGCACCAUGACGACCACGUUGAAUGGGAAGGAAUAUCUUCAGCCAGCUAACUUUACCUAA